AUCGUCCUCGCCGUAAUGCCCAAGCGCCCUUGUACAAGCCCACUUCUAUUGCUGUUCAGUGGUCUCCAACGUAACUAUCCCAGAGAUGACGUUUCGCCCAAACCCGCGAUCGACGUUCUCCAAAACCUGCUGAGGCUGGUCCCUGUUCCAAGAACUUCGACACCACCCAAUGUCAUCUACGAUAAGGCAGAUCGGCACUUGCUCGCGAAACAGACUGCUGCAGGGAACCGCCACAUUAGCUGUUAAUGCAGGAGCCGGCUGGCAUCAUGACAGGCUUUGGUACCUCGUAUCUGGGUAACGGGCCGCCACUCAACAGCGAAGAGCGAGCGGAACUUAAGAAUAAGAAGUGGGAUGAUCCGUAGGUUGGCUACGGUAGCGCUACAUAUUUUAUAGACUUAUGGUAGCAUCCCU